UCAGUUAGCUGAGAAGACCGCACGCCAACUUGAAACAGACUUGAGAAGAACGGAGAAACAAUGAAGUCCUUCAUUGGGAGUUUGGUUUAUUGCCUCUCUCUUCUGCUGGUCGAUCUCUGUGAAUCCUAUGACUUUAAUAAUCCAUCCCACAUUUUAGCUCAAAGUUACGCACAAAGAAGAAAUCAGGCACUUCCACAUCGGACACUGAACCCAGCAGUAUACAGGAGUAAAUACUGGUUAGAUGGACCUGAUCAUCCUAACAAACAGAGGAGGAAGAUUUUGCCCCAUCUUAUCUCAGUAGCUUAUCCAGGACCCACAGCUCCUUCUCAACCCAAAGUUUAUGACUGGUUCAAAGACAUACCAACCACAAAGGUGCAUAAUACAAAUAAUGACCAAUCUCCACCUGAGGCACGCACGCAGCUGAGAGGUGAAUGGGCACCAAUAGUUUGCCGUAAAGUUCAAGAUCCAAAACAAGCAGUUGUAGCUACAGGAGAAUCAGGGGAAAGUACAGAUGUGUCAACUGCGGUGUCAAAUCGACCACUUGUUGUUCCACAACAACCAUAUGUAGGUUCAGAACAAUCAGUGGUUCUUCCAGAGCAAUCAGCAAAUAACCAGCCAACCAUUCCGAAGGCUGCUCCCGAGACCUUGGCAGCCUCUUUGAAUCUCUCCCAACCUCAGAAACCUAUACCACAAUCCUUGUCAACAUUGGAGCAAGAACCAAAUUCACAAGGCACCUUACCCCAAUCCAUUCCAGCCUCUACCAUGACACCAGAGGCAUAUCCUCAAAGUUUCUUCUCUGAAUCCCUGCCAACAUCCACACUUACACCAGAGACAUACUCCCAGAGCACUUUAUCCCCACCCUUGCCAAAGUUCACCUAUACUAGAGAGCUAUUUCCUCAAAAAAUCCCAUCCCAAUCUGAGUUAGAGCCAUAUGACCACAGUGCCUUCAUGGAAUCCCUGCCAAUAUCCACACUGAUACCAGAAACAUAUCCCCAAAGCACUUCACCUCAGCCUGUCCCAAUGUCCACUCAUAGAUCAAGUCCAUAUUCCCAAAAGAUCUCCCAAUCCAUGUUAACAUCCACACUGAUGCCAGAGACAAAUCCCCAAAGUGCUUUGCCUCAGCCUGUCCCAGUGUACACUCAUAGAUCAGGGCUAUUUUCUCAAAAGAUCUCAUCCCAAUCCCUGUCGACAUCUAGUUUGACACAAGAGGCACAUCUUCAGAUCGCCCCAACAAUGUCUACUGUGCCACAAGAAUCAUUACCAGAGGCGCCAGGCAGGAUUAUUACCCACAGCAGGAUAGACAUCACAGGGAGGACAGCAACAGAUUCGCAAUGUAGGAGCCGCCCACUGGACCUGGUCUUCAUCAUUGACAGCUCACGUAGCGUGCGUCCAGGUGAGUUUGAGAAGGUCAAGAUCUUCCUGGCUGACAUGGUGGACACUCUUGAUGUUGGCCCCGAUGCCACACGUGUCGCAGUGGUGAACUACGCCAGCACGGUCAAAAUUGAGUUCCUGCUGAAAAACCAUCUUACGAAGGACACUAUAAAGCAAGCCAUCAGCCGCAUUGAACCCUUGGCGGCAGGAACCAUGACUGGUAUGGCCAUCAAGAAAGCCAUGGAUGAAGCCUUCACUGAAAAGUCAGGAGCACGGCCUAAAUCGAAGAACAUCUCGAAGGUUGCCAUCAUUGUCACCGACGGACGUCCUCAAGACCAAGUCGAAGAUGUGUCGGCUGCAGCACGGGCUUCUGGGAUUGAGAUUUACGCAGUCGGAGUGGACAGGGCUGACAUGCGGUCACUGAAGCUCAUGGCCAGCAAUCCGCUUGAGGACCAUGUGUUCUACGUGGAGACCUACGGUGUCAUUGAGAAGCUCACCUCAAAGUUCCGGGAGACAUUGUGCGGUAUGGACGCCUGUGCAAUGGGACAUGACUGUGAGCACAUAUGUGUCAGCAGUGGCUCCUCCUUUUACUGCAAGUGCCGGAAGGGCUAUAUUUUGAACGAAGACCAGAAAACAUGUUCCCUAAAACACAUGGAUGCCUGUGAAAUGGGACACAGCUGUCAACACAUUUGUGUGAGCAGUGGCAACUCGUAUCACUGCAAAUGCCGCUCAGGGUUUGUCUUGAAUGACGACAUGCGAACAUGCUCCAUUAGAGGCGCUGGCGCUUACGGACAUGGUGACAGUGUACACAAGGGUGACCGAAAGAAAAAGAAUGAAGGCAACCAAAAUGGUGAAGGUAGUGCGAGUGUGAAUGCCUGUGCGUUGGGCCACGACUGCCAACACACAUGCGUCUCCAGCGGUUCGUCAUAUUACUGCACGUGUCCUCCUGGCUUUGUUUUGAUGCAGGACAAGAAAUCAUGUUUCAAAGCCAGUGACGCUGAUGGUGAUGGUAGUGCCAGUCUGGACUACUGUGCGCUGGGUCAUGAAUGUGAACACGUUUGCGUCAACGAUGAUGCUUCCUAUCACUGUGAAUGCCACCAGGGUUUUGUGUUGCAAGAAGACAAGAAAUCAUGUUCCAAAAAAAAGGUGAAAGUGGAGAUCGUUCAGGACCCUUGCAUGUGUGAGGCUCGCCUGGCUUUCCAGAGGCAGACACAAACCUCCCUACAGGACCUCAGCACCAGACUUGCUGCUGUCAUAAGAAAGGUUGAGCAAAUGGAAAACAUGCUGGGACGCAUGUAACAGAGCAGUUCUUGGGUCAACAUGUUCUGUGAACUUUCAGUGAUUACUGGAGUGGAUAUGGAGCACUAGACAACAAGACUGCUUCUGUUUCAUCACUGAAGCCACAUUGAUCAUAUGUGAACCUCUUUAUGGCUUUAAAAAUGGAUCACAGUGGCUGAUUUUCAGAUGAUGUUUCUUAAACCACAUGUUCACAAAUGUUCACAGACCCCCAAAAAAUGAAUAUUAACCAUAUCCAAAUAUUAAUUCAUAUUAAUAAGAGUAUAAAGAGAAUAAAUCAUGCAUGAAGCUGGAACGUAUGUAUAAUGAUGUUCUUUUGCUCCCCAGAAAUGGUCAAAAGAAUUUUUUUAUUUAAAUAGACUAAAUUAUACAACAUAUUGUAACCAAUUUUACUAUGGGUCAUUAUCAAAGGAAUAUUUUUAUUGCUUAUGUUUAUGUCAAAGAACCUUGUGUAGACUCCCAUGUAUGCUGUUAAAACUAAAAUAAAGACAUAUUGUAGUCUACAAUAUUUAUAAUCAAGCAGUUAUAUUCAUUAU